CAGGAUUUGCGCUAGGCCGUGUUGGGUCUGUAGUGCAAACAGGGCAAAUCUCUCACGUGUUCGGCUUACAGCGGUUUGCCUCGGCGAAUCGGCAAGCUUGACGUCCUCGGUGCGGGCUGCUACCGGCCAUUCAGUUCAACGUCUUUAGUAUUAUUUUAUAGAUACGCCGAGCGGUUUCUACUUGAGUGCAGUGCUUGAUAGUGCAAAUACCGCGCAAGGCAGUUCCUCAACGACAUCCAUCACAAUGCUCUUCUCCCGAUGCUCGCGACUGGCAAUGGCCAGCACGAACCGCACCUUGACAUCAUACCUGACCAGAGCUAGCCGACCAUUCUCGUCAACAUCCCCAGCAUCGUAUGAGCAUAUCUUGACUGAAAUUCCCAAGCCUGGCGUUGGGCUGAUCACCUUAAAUCGCCCCAAAGCGCUUAAUGCGUUGUCAAGCCCGCUAUUUGAAGAAUUGAACGAUGCUCUGAGCAAAUAUGACGGAGAUAAGGAAAUCGGUGCCAUUGUCAUUACAGGCAGCGAGAAGGCAUUUGCUGCUGGCGCCGAUAUCAAAGAGAUGGCACCCCUGACAUUCUCAUCUGCCUACUCCAACAACUUCAUCGCCCCCUGGUCACACCUUGCCAACUCGAUCCGCACCCCCGUUAUCGCUGCUGUAUCCGGGUAUGCGCUUGGAGGAGGAUGCGAGCUGGCAUUGAUGUGCGACAUCAUCUACUGCACCGAAACCGCCACAUUCGGUCAACCCGAGAUCAAACUGGGCGUUAUCCCUGGUGCUGGAGGCUCGCAGCGCCUGACACGGGCGAUUGGAAAGAGCAAGGCGAUGGAGCUUAUUCUGACUGGCAAAAACUUCUCUGGAAAGGAAGCUGGUGAGUGGGGGGUUGCUGCGCGAGUGAUUGAGGGCGGCAAGGAAGAGCUAUUGGCGCAAACCUUGAAGACUGCAGAGACGAUUGCUAGUUAUAGUCGCGUGGCUGUCGUUGCGGCGAAGGAGGUGGUUAACAAGAGCCAAGAGCUGUCCUUGAGAGAAGGCGUUGAGUAUGAGCGACGAUUGUUCCAUGGUUUGUUUGGAAGUAAAGAUCAGAAAAUCGGCAUGACUGCGUUUGCCGAGAAGAAGAAACCUGAGUGGUCUCACGAGUAAUUGGUGAAAUGUAGAUUAAGAUAUCUACGAAUCUGCACUGUUUCGGCGGUAGUAUGUUUCUUAGACUUCGUACCAAGUCACGUCAAUUCUCUAGGCAAGACUUCGAUUAGUCUCGCCAAUGAAUGAUUUUAUAGAUAAAUUACACGUAAAAUUACAUGAUUUCUAAACAGUUAUAUCAUGAACCAGCCAAUGAUAAUAGUAGCAUGCGGCGAUUCUUCAAAGCCAGUGUUCUAGCAAAGUGUCAAGCUUGAUAGAGUUUAUAUUCCAUGCAUGUGUCAAUUAAAUGGUGAAGUAGAAUCGUGAUUUGCCCCAGCUACACGCCACAUCCGUCAGCG